AAUCUGAGAGAAGAUUGCGUUGUGUCCGCUUUGCUUGUCCUGCAAAUCACUGCAUUAUUUUAAUCACCAUCCAACCCUACAUUGUUAAAAUAACAAUCCCGACAAUGUGCGGACCUGUAUGUAUCAAGAGCGAUUGUAAUUAGUGGCGUACACUUGAAUUCUAGUUACUACGUAACCGUUUUGGACUGCUUUAAGGUUAAACUCCGAGCGGCAACAUGGACGACUCCAGUAAAUACCAGCAGAUGCAGGAUGAAAUGUCCAGGUUUGAAGCCGAGAUAUCUGGCGGCGACGGCGGAGUAUCAGUGGCCUCCCGUGCCGUGAUCGGCGCCGCCACAUUCGGUGCAGUUCAGCAGCAGCUGGAGAGAGCUGCAGCACCACUCAUGCCGACCUUCAACAUGUCCAUGAUGUACCCUACAGUACCUCCGCCCCCGCCUCCGCCUUCUAUUAUGGUGCCUUCACAGGUACGUCUCCGUCCCCCCACAGAGGUGUUCCCACCAUCUCUCCCGGGCUACCUGCGUCCGGGGCUGCCGGGCCCGCAGCUCGCACCGCCUCCACCGCCCAAGCCGCAGCCAGUCGUACUGUCUGCUGCACCCAAGCUGUAUAAACAGCCGAAGGAAGACGAUGAGAGGAAAGAGAAGGAGAGUCGGAAGAGGAAACGCAGUCCGCCCCCUCCCCCGCCGCGGCCGGAACCGGUGGUAGAGCUUCCGCCGGUGGCGCCGCCGCCGCCCGUCAUCACCGUUCCUGAUAUAGUUGCCAAGCCUAAGAAGGAGAAGAAGAAUAGAAAGGUGGUGCGGACAGCGGGUGGUCAGGUAUGGGAAGACGUGACACUGCUGGACUGGCCUGACGAUGACUUCCGCAUGUUCUGCGGAGACCUCGGCAAUGACGUCACUGAUGAACUGCUUACGCGAACAUUCAGCAAAUACAGCUCAUUCCAAAGAGCCAAAGUGAUCAGAGACAAACGGACUAACAAGAGCAAAGGCUUUGGGUUUGUCAGCUUCAAGGACCCUGGAGACUUCAUCAAGGCUAUGAAGGAGAUGGAUGGUCGCUACGUAGGCAGCAGACCAAUAAAGCUAAGAAAGAGCACUUGGCGUACUCGAAGCCUCGACGUCGUUCGUAAGAAGGAGAAAGAAAAGGCCGCUCUAUUAUCUCUGCUUAUGUCCGGCAACAAGAGCUGACAACACUUCUAAUUACGUGUCUCAACUGUCAGUGAGUAGGGUUGCCAGGAAAAAAAUUGAAUGUUGAUAGUUAGAUGCAGAAUUAUUUGUCUGCAAUAAUUUUUGCUUUGUAUAUUUUGUCCUAUAACAUAUACGAUGAUACAUAGUAGGUUUUUUUUCAGUACAUUUAAGGCCCAAGUACACUCAUAGCAUGAACAUUUUAGCUUUAUUAAAGCUUUCUAAAAAUAACUGAUUGCUUUGAAAAUUGAAUAUGAAAAUUCAUUGUAGGCAAACAUUUGUUUGAAUCAAACUGAGGUUUUAUAUUUUCGGAGUACUUGGGCGCUAGUUUGUUACUCAUUAAUAUUCUGUUUUAGUCAUUACCUGGCAAUCAUAUUCUUGUAAACUUAAUAAAUACCAACCACAGUUGUAUGUAAAGUGUUAAUAUGUGACAAUUUACUGUAGUAAAUAGCGCAGGUAUUUUACCCUCUCCAUGUAUGUAGUUUCAUCCAUACUCCUUAUGUAUUUUAAUUAGUAGGUGAUUAAUUUGGUGAUGUAUUUACUUUUACUACAUUUUGUGAAACGAAUUAUUUAAAUGAAAUAUGUAGAAUAAAAUACAGAACGUUAAGUCAUCUAUGUAUAAUCUUUCUCUGGCUUACAUCUGUUUACAUAAAACCUAUUAUAUUGCGCACAACAUAGUCUGCGCAAAAAUACGUCUUUGCGCAAGAAUACAAGUUGCGCAAAAGUUCACGUUGCCCUAAAGUAUAAAAUUGCGCAAACGGAUAUAUUCACUACCCGUGCAGACAAGCCAGAUUACCUUUAUCGAGAUUAUGUAUAUCAAUAAUAAAAUAAUAGUACAUUUUAAAAUAAUAAGUUCUUUUACUGAAUCUUUUCGUUACAACACGUGAAUAGAGAAUAAUCUCUAAGCGCUUCUAAAAAUAAAAUGGUAUUUGCACAUUCGGGCAUAAAUCCUAUGUUUGAUUGAUUGUUUUUCGCUUUCAAUGUUACUUUGGAUGUGAUUUUAG